AUGAUAGACGUACUGGAUGGUCUGAUGUACUCGGUCUAUAUGUACUUGGAAGAUCAACUUGUUAUGGUCUCCACCAACAAGGAGAAGACCAAAGAGCUGACACUCACAAGCAACGUCCUUGAUUCUGAGUCAGAGAGCAUCACAACUGCAAAGAUGGCAUACACUCGCGGCGUCUUCUUCCUCCUUUUUGGAAUCAGUGGACUGUUGACUGGAGCCUGGUCUUGGCCUCGUUUUAACGACAAAGCUGCAGGUGGCUGCUGUCCUAGUGGAUGGACUUUGCUGGAUCAUCACUGUUACAUCUUCCAAGGUGAUCCCAGGACAUUUGCAGAUGCAGAGAGCGUUUGCAACAUUCUAGGUGGGAAUCUGGUCUCCAUCCGCAGUUACGUGGACAAUUUGUUGGUUGUGGGACUGGUCAAAGAGGGCGGUGUGGACUUUGCCUGGAUUGGACUGCAUGAUGCUAUCCAGGAAGGAGAUUUUCUUUGGACUGACGGCACAGACUUUGAUUUCAAUAAUUUUCAAAUUGGAGAGCCUGACGGCACUGGUGCCUGUGUGGAGCUUUAUGCUGCUGAUGGAACUUUUUUCGAUGAGGACUGCGCCGUCGAGCACGCUUAUGUUUGCAUCAGAGAUAGGGGCUGUGACAGUCACUAAUCAGCAUCCGUCCUGUACCAUCACGUCACCUUGAAUGAUGUCUUUUACUAAUCUGGAUCAAUGUACUCAAACAAUAUCAAAAUGGUGCGGUUUUAUUUGGAUCUCUGGUUUCACUACCAUUUUCUUUUCUUCUCCUUUUACACUGUUCAGUUGUCACAGUUACCUGACAGUCAACAUAUUUGAAACCUCACAUAUCACCUCUCUACUAAAUAAAGAAACAUGUCUGCAUCAAA